CUUUUAGAAUUUGACAUGGCUUUUGUUCAUGAAAAAGAAUUAUUAGAUCACUGCGGUCCUGUUUCCAACUACGAUCCGGAUACAUCGUGAGUGACGUCAUACAAUUCCUGCAUAAUUCACGUUUUCCGCCUGCGGUCACACAAGGAUUAAAAAGAAACAAAAAAGGCAACGUGAAAAGGCCCCAACACAAGGGCAGCGAUGGCAAAAAGCCGUUUCAUUCACCAAAUAUUUGCUCUCGUCGCCUUUCUGAACGUAGCAUUGGCUUAUGUACAAGGUGGAGUUCACAAUCAAGAUGCAGGGGCUGGUUUGAGUCAGAUUGACCUCGAAGCUUCCAAGGAAAUCACCGUUUGUACAACACAGAGGAAACCGCUGAGCUGCUCAUACCCGGGCUCAAACAUUGCAGUUACAGGUGUAUUCUGGGGUCGCAAGUCUGCUGUGAUAUGUCCUUCAGAUGAUGGAGAUACAAUGCUUGACUGCUUCACUGCACCGGAGUCAGAGGGAAUAGUGAAGGGAAGAUGUGAAGGAAAAGAAUCGUGUGAACUUGAAGCCAGACAUGCCUUGCUACAGAACACAGGAUCACAACACUGCCCUGGCGUAAAUAAAUAUUUAACUGUCAAUUACACGUGUGUGCCUGAUGCAAAAGAAGUCGUCAUUUGUGAUUCUGAAAACUCAAGCCUCACCUGCCCGGCUUCAUGGAAGAUUGGCGUCAAUUCAGUAUUCUGGGGACGCCAGUCAACCACUGUCUGUCCAGCAGAGAACGGACAGACCAUGUGCACUGGGGCCCCUGAGAGUCUUGGGAUUGUGAAGAAGUCAUGUGAUGGGUUGACCAGGUGUGACGUGCAUUCUUCUUAUGAUCAAGUACAAAAUGGCGCCGAAAACUGCCCCGGAGUUCAGAAAUACUUGAUAAUCAACUACAGCUGUAAACCGCAUCCAAACAUAGGUACGGAAGAGGAUGCCAUUCAGAAUGACCAGGAGGCAGUUCCCAUGAAGGUCCCUCCUGCCAAACCCAAAUCAGGACUGGCACCAAACGUUGUGAACGAUCUUAAACAGCUGGACGGCGGGGGCCAACAGAUUGUGAAAAUACCAGCUGAAGAGGGGAAUAGUGUUGUUGGAGAGAACUUGAAUAUUGGACGACUGGGCAUGGGAGGCCUCAAGGCUCUGGAGAAGAUCAACAAUCUUAUCAAAGCGUCUGCUGAAACGCAAGAUGGUGACGAUCCUGGGUCGGACAAUGGUUUGACAGAUGAGCAAGCGCAGGCUAUUGAACGUAUGAUAAUUGAAGGAAUCCAUCAUAUAAAGAAAAAGCCGUCAUUGCCAUUGCCUUCUGGUACAGAGAGAGCCUCUAUUCCUCGUCAGAAGAACAUGCAGAAAUCAAUUCCCAAGCUACCGCAGGCGGCGAGAAGAAAAGGCGACCCUGUACCACUUCCGACAAAGCUUGUAACUCAAAAGAAAGCAACCAGAGCUCUACCCACUGCAGUACAGGUGGGAGUACCCAGGCUACAGAAAGAAGGGCCUAACGGCAAGGGAACACCGCCAGGUAAUCAGGAUCAGAUGAAAAAAACAGUACCUGGGACUAAAAGGACCUCGCUCAACGAAAUAGUCCAAGUUCCAACCAAAAAGAGACCUGUUCCUGUUCUUAAAAACCAGUUCGCGGAACAAAGAAAAAACUCGCAGCCUCAGAAGCUUCGUGGCUUAGGACUUGGAAAUGCAGGAGCUGGAAAUUCACUUCAGAUAGUUUACCAGGUUAUUGUUCCACAACUGUCUGAGUUAACUCCAGUCUCAGCAGUAAUGGUGUAUUUUGAGGUCUCUGAAGGAUAUGAUAAAAUCGGUGUGGAAAACAAACCAUAUUUUGCGGAGAAAAACCCAACGGAAGAUGUAAUAGAAUGUUGUCUAAGAAUGAAGAAAUACUUGGUAACUUUCGUGUGGCUUUUGUCUUCUUUGUUUAUCGAUAGGGUGGAAUCGACUGGUACUUUGGACCAAUUAUCAGUUCGAACAGCAACCCCAGGUUCAUCAGGGAGCCCAAGAAGCGAAAUUGAUUUGGAAACAGAUAAGUCUGUCAUUAUUUGUGCUGGUCAGAACAAGUCAUUGGAAUGUUUCUCUCCUGGAUCAACCAUCGCUAUAGAGGAAGCUUUCUGGGGACGCUUGUCAGCCGAAAUAUGCCCUUCGGAGGACGGAGACCCUGUCACGAACUGCCUCAGUGAUCCCACCACCACACCUAUCGUAAGGAAUCUGUGCGAUGAUAAGGAAUACUGCGAGAUACCCGCCCGGCACAACGUUCUACAGCCCCCAGGGGUUAAACACUGCCCUGGUGUAAAUAAAUAUUUGGCUGUUAAGUAUACAUGUAUGCCUGAAAAACGAAAAUUUGUGCUGUGCAACGGUGAGACAACUGAGCUUCAGUGCGGUCAGGGAUGGAAGAUACAUAUCAUGUCAGCCUACUGGGGUAGAGAUUCGCCUUCUACUUGCCCUACUCCCCUGGGGAAGUUCUUCACCUGCGCAAACUCAGCAAGCAGCAUUUUAGCUUUGAAGGAGAGAUGUUCUGGAAGGGAGAGUUGCAUUGUAACGGCAGAUGAUAAACAUCUCACUAAAGAUGGAAACCACUGUCCAGGGAUUGACAAGUAUGCUCUGAUCAGCUACAGAUGCCAGCCACCUAGUGAUGUCGUGGCAGAUCUGCCCAACUCAGAUGGCGAAAAGCAGCUGCUUGAAGCAUCACAACAGGACACAGUCAGACCUCUACACUCCUUGCUUCAUCUGACACCAAAUGCGAAGACUCCAUUCCCCGCUCAGAGAGUUGGUGAACUUAACUUAAGCAUGUUGCUUCCAGUUCCUCAGUACAAUCAUUCUGAUCAGCUAAAACCAAUUUUCGAUUUUCUCGGAGGACAAAGUGACGGAAAGAGUAAAUCAUCGCUCGGAGAAAAUCUUCCUGUUCCAAAAGAUUCCCGGCCGCUUUUGUCAAACAAAAAGGACACCUCAACUUCAGCAGCUCAAGGUGGCAUUGGAGCUUCUUCACUCGCGAAACACAAGGGUAUAACACUAUCAAGAAAGCUGCCUGUGGCUAACCUCGCUUUGAACUCUGAACCGGGCGUGGGUAAUAGCCAGGAGUCUCCCACAAAAAAACCUGAGGUUAUCUCACGUGUAAAUCCAACUUCCUCCAUGAAGUCAGUAUCAUCUAAUGACGCGAACGUUCACGAUGUCCUAAAUGCGAUAUCGCCUUUGUCUAAAAAUUCCCCUUCACAAACACCUUUAGAGUCUUCAAUGAAACAAUCACUAAACCCGCAAGUCUCUACUUCAAUAGAGCCAUUUGAGAGCCUUAUAAAAACUUUUUUGACGAGCAAAUUUGGACAAACGUUGUCGAAAAGUCUACUUGACUCAGGUAGAACCGAGGAUUCUUCAUACAAAAACAUAAUGGCGCAGCAUUUUGGCUCUGCUGUUCAAGCAAGCCCACCUUCAGUCAAUAAGACACCAACAAACGAACACAUGAUCGCAAAUCUCCUAUCCAGCCUGAUACAUCAAUCGUCAGGCCAUGGACCAGCAAGCAUUUCUGCCGCAAACAAGGACAAUGAACAGAUAGCCACUAAGGGUAACGACAAAAUGUCCUCUGCGACGAUUUCUAUAGGAAAUAAAGAAUUUUCAUUGGCUGAUUUAUCCAAAGCGUUAAACAACGAUCAGGAGGCUCCAAAUGAAUUACAAGGUACAAAAACAGAAGUUCAGUCAUCAAAAGAGAGUCACAAGCAGCGAACCAAAGAGAAAAUUAGGAAGCUAAAUGAAAAGAUUGCCACACUAGAAACUCUAAGCGACGCAUUGGAUGCUUUAACAACGCGACUAUCGCCAGAGGAAAGCCAAGGAGAAAACAAGCAGGAAGAAAUCUCGCCCAGCUCAGAGGAACCAGUCUCUUCAGGGCGAGACAGACGUAGAAAGCAUCAUACGCAUCAUCGUCGUCAUCAUCAAAGUUAUGAGUUCACGCAAGACAUGAAUAUGAUAGGAUCCCUCUUAGGUUGGGAUACACCCGAUACAGAGGUAGAGAAGGAAACUCCUCUCGUUCGAAAAAAGGAUGAGGAUUCGAACUCAAUUGAGGGGAUAAAUGGGAAUAAAGGGUUAAGUUCAAAAGACUUACAAACUUUGCAAAGCAAGAUAAAUCAGGCGAUAGAGCUGGCUGAAACUGCAGGAAGAAAGAACGAUUCUAAGAGGCCAACUCCAUCCGCGUUGUUACCGCUCCUUUUAUCGGGAAAGUUAGAUGAAGAUGUUGGGGCACAAACACGAGAAGAAGUAGCAACCAUUCAUUCCAGCCAAGGAUCAUCAAAAGGAUUUCUUCCAGCCACGGACAAGGAGCUGCAAGCGUUGCAAGAUAUUUUAACUAGGCUGAUUGACAACGCCAUGAGAAAGGGUACAUUGAAGCAGUUAGUGAAACGAUGGGAUAAGAGUGGAGGUCCGUUUGCAGACAUUGCAAGAAACAUAUCAGAAUAUUUAAAGGGAAACAGCAAAAUGAAAAGACCAGUUACACUGCUGGGAGUUGCAAAAAACUUUGCCGGUAAAGGUGCAACAGUUCCAAGUAAUUUGACUUCCCAGUUGUCAAAAGGCGCUGCGGGUCAAAACAGUAGAUUUAACGAUAUCAAAACGUCUGCUCUUUUUACUGAAGCUGUGAACGAACUGCUUGGAGCACUUUCGAAGCGCCAUGGACUACACAGAAGAAAUUCCACGAACCGUUCGUCAUUUGUGUCAACUAAUACUCUCGUUAACUUUAAAGGAGUACUUCUUGGAGGGCGCAUUAACAAGCUCCCACCCCCAGAAGAUCCGCUAGCUGUCAUGGAAAGUAAGGUCCUUGCAGAAAUCUUGAGCGGAAAACAAAACAAAACGCUCGUCAAAAAUUCUUCUGGAGCUAACAAAGCACUGAAUAAAGAUAGCAGCAGAAUUGACCUGACGCACAAUAAUCACACACAACUGGUUCAACAUCCUUUAGGUGAACAGAGUAAACAAAAACUCUCCUUCUCAAGCUAUGAAAAAAAGAAUGUAUCUAAAAGCAUUCGGAAUAACACCUUAAUGGAUUUCAUGAACAGUAUGGAGAUAUCUGAGAGAGCUAAAAGCCUUCCAAAGAAUGCUAAACCUGGUAAUAAACAUUCUAAAGUGAGUCCUCAUAUCGAUGAUUUGAUGACGGUGAUUGCAGCAAGUCUAUUAGAUCUUAAUGAGGUCAAAGAGGGGAACUCUUCAAAACACAAGCCAUUAAUAAAAUACGACGAAAGUGGUAUUGAUAAAUUUCCAAAUGACCAUAAGAUAAGCGACUUUUCUAGUGGAGACGCUAUACUGCAAGCACCCACAGAUCACUCAGCAAAUGUUACCAGCAAUACCAGCAGCAGUAAUCGAUCCAGUGAGCUGAAUAAGUCUACGAAAUUGCCUAUUAAAGUUACUUUGCAACAGAAUAAUACGAAAGACGUUUUACCCAAUGAAAAAGCCAAAGUUACAGCUGGAGGAACCCAGAAAAUUGACUCCGGUGAUCAGACAGUAACGUUAACUUUGGAAACGUUAGAUGACGUUCCCACGCCCUCCCAGCCACCCGAUGAAACGUCAACGAUACAAACCGGAUUACGUAAUAACAAAGUGCCACAUUACCUCAACGUUCAAUCAGUGGUAACACUAGGUAAAAUAAACGCCACUCAUGCGAAAGAUAAAGAGCAUUCCUUUACACAAAGAAUAAUCAAAGAGGAACCAAAGGUGGAAUCUGAUUUUACCGCAGACACAAGGAAGCCUGAAGUAGCUUUGCCAUCAGAUGAUGACGGAAAAUUAACGACCAUCUCGGCUUCCCCUGAGUUAAAUCCUGAAACUGAGGAAAAUACCCAGAAGCCCUCAAACCCAGAUCUUCCCCUAAAUUUGCAAAUGAAUGCCAUAGGUAGAAUAGCAGGAAAUACUGACCAGUCAUCCUUCACACCCGCUGAUCUAUCUGCUGCCUUGACGUCGAUUCCAGAGCUCUCCACUGGAUCCUUGGCCUCUAACAAUGGCGAGACAAAAUCUUUCGAAGACAAAGUUUUACCAAUAGCCUCAGAUUUAACACUUUCAACCGAUUCUAAAAGUAGAGAAACCGAGAGUAUCGUUUCAAAAGUGUCACCUUCUAAUGAUUACAAUUCUAGCCUUAACAAACCAAGUUCUACUACUAUCACACAAGGAGGCGACACCACACCAACUGCGGCUGAAAUACGAGAAAUAUCAACCUCAAUCAAGGCUUUGUUGAAAGUUCUGAACACCUAUUCAAAGAAGUUAAGACUUGAGGGCGAUCAAGGCGAAGAAGCUUCACCGAAGGGCACACUCCCUACAAGUAGCAGCACAGUCAGUAAAAUGAACACUAGUGGUACAAAAGUAAAGGAAGAGGAGCUGAAAAAACCUUGGAAAACAGAGCUUCCCGCAACAAAGUAUACCAACAACGUAUAUGCAAGCUUUCCUGUCUCAUCACCGACACUACCCAAAUAUGCUGAUAGUGGCGUGUUCGAAAAUAUUCAGGAACAGCCACGUACAGAAGCAAGUAACUUCAAUUGGAAUCCAGCACAAGAGCGCAUGCGUGCCCAAUUACCUUUCGACGUGAGCCCCACGAAGACAAGCUUGGAGCCUCAAAUGGGUGCUGAACAGUGGAGGCCUGGGAACGAAAUGAAUACCAUCGGUGAAGAGCUUAAAGAGUUGAAUUUACCUUCCAUUGAGGAUGACCCCACAGUGCGAGCAGUUCAAAAAAUGGUUGCAGACGAAAAUGCGUUGAUAAGCCAGAAACGAAAAGCGAUUCAAAGGGUCAAGCCUCAGGUUUCUAGUACGGCUAAGAGUCAACCGCCAGGUAGGCUAGGAGUGUUCAGUCGCAAUAAAAUACCGAAACACAGAGGUCAUCCAAGAAAUAGUUCACUCGUGGAAGGUAAAAAGAACCACAAGAAAUUUCCUUCUUUGGAUCAAAGUAACAAGAAAAUGAAGAAGGAUGCAAGAGGCAGGAACAUCAUUGCAAAGCUGAGCAACGACACGAGUUCUCACCACAACACAUCGAUUGUUGGUAACAUAACAACCCCCCUACCUACCCCACAAAGGAAUGUAACCCACCAAAAUGAUAAAAAAUUCUACAUUAAAAAAGUGAUACGGAAAAACACACACUAUACCAAGACAAUGAGGAACAGAGACGAAAUACCCGGCGAACCCGUCAAUACACAUGGACUUAACGAUUCUGCGUAUGAAUUGCAAGACAAGUGGAAUAUUCAGAAAGGGCCGGUUCACACAAACAUAACCUCUGCUGGAGUGUCUGCGGCUCUGAAAAGUACCAAGCACGGAAAACGAAAAGGGAAAACUUCCGCUGACGAAAAAAGUUAUGACGGAUCACACCGCACUAAUGCCAUCAGUAAUGUAAAAAGUGUCAAGAAAAUCGCAAAAGGAAAACUAAACAUCGCUGUCAUUAAAGGAAUCGCCCCAAAUAUAAAUGGAACUGUGUUAAAACAGAACCACGAUAAACCAUCAAACGUCACAAGCAAAAUAAACUAGCGACUUAAACUUUAAAUCCUUGCACGAGAGAUCAGCCGGGUUACGUCAUAAAUGCAUACUAGGUUAGCCCUUUAACCCCUAAGAGCGCUUGAAUUCUAGUUUCUCCUUACAGUAUCAGCCUUAAAUCAAAUGUAAAGUUAAUGAGAAUAAAGAAACUAAUAACAAAUUUAAGAAGGUCCCGAUCGUUGAACAAUUCGUGUUGUCAGUACCAUAGGAAAAGUAAAGAGAACAGAUUGGAGAAUUUGGAUAGCAAUAUUAAGGUGUAAUUUUAAGGGUGAAACAAAAUAGAUUUCUUGGACUAUGGUGAUGUUACAGAUGUAAUGCGUUAUCUGCAUGAAUGAGCUCCAUGCUCAGCAAUAAGUAUUUUAUUUAAAGCGUAGAGUUGAUGCUUCAAUCAAACGCAUUUUGUAAAAAGAUGAUUGGGAAA